GCUUCUCUAGCGUCCCCGCUUCCUCUAGUUCCCAUUCCGUGCUCUCGCCAGUGCCAACAGAGAAUACCAAUCUACGUCCUUUCUGGCUACGCCAUGUCUCCCGCAUCUCCUUCUCUCCCAUCUUCUGAUUCUCAGCUUAACUGGAGGAAGCGGAAACGGGAGUGCAACCUGAAGCGCCAGCAGAAGCCCCGCAUUGGUGAGGAGGAAGAGGAAGAACAUGUGGCUGCAGUGGCUAACGAUGAUGAGGCGGAUGACGACUACCGGUACUCCCCCGCUUCAGACCGGAACACUGACAGUGCUGUACUCCUGCGUCAAAGCGAGGUCUUCUCCGACGGCGCCCAGCGGAUCAGCGACUUUCCUGCUGUCGUGCGCCGCACUAUCCGCCGGCCCCAUCCAUCUGUUGUCUCCAUUGUGGAUGCGGAACGGCAACAUUUCUCCGGCCCCUCAGCUGGCAACGAGGGUGCGGUUGGCCUUCCUUUCCUUGAGAAUAUCUCCCACGGUCAGCUGCAGUCCCUCUCUUCUGUCCUCCCCGACCACCCCUCUCUUCAGCCACCGGACGUUGACAAGCCCUCGUCAUAUGUUUGCACGCCUCCUCCUCUCAUGGAAGGAAAAGGUCUCAUGAAGCCAUUCGGGACCAAUCAAAUCAUUUUUCUUCCAAUGCACUCUGAUUGGUUUUCUCUAAGCACGGUUCACCGGCUAGAGAGGCAAGUGAUACCGCACUUCUUCUCUGGGAAGUCUGCAGAACACACGGCAGAGAAGUACGUUGCUUUAAGAAACAAGAUAAUUGCGAAGUAUAUGGAGAAUCCUGGCCGGAGGCUUUCGUAUGCAGAUUGCCAGGGGCUUGUAGCUAACAACGAGCUAUAUGAUCUCAGCCGGAUUGUGAGGUUCCUGGACCAUUGGGGGAUAAUCAAUUAUCUCUCUUCUUCAUCAGUUCAUCGUGGGCUUAGGAUGGCUGGUUCACUUCUUAAGGAGGAUGCUAAUGGAGAGCUCAUUGUACACACCUCACCAUUGAGAUCCAUUGAUAGCUUGAUUUUGUUUGAUAGGCCUAAAUGUAGUCUCAGACUAGAUGAUAUAGCCCUUUUGUCAACGUCUUCAUCUUCUAAGGAUUCAGCUUUUCAUUUGGGUGAUUUGGAUGUUAGAAUUAGAGAAAGAUUAUCUGAGCAUUCAUGCAGCUACUGCUCCCGGCCACUGCCUAAUUUUUUCUACCAAUCCCAAAAGGAGGUUGAGACAAUCCUAUGCUCAGAAUGUUUUAAUGAUGCAAAAUUUAUCACUGGUCACUCAAGCUUAGAUUUUGUGAGAAUGAACUCCAAGAAAGAUUUGACUGAUGUAGAUGGGGAUAUUUGGACAGAUCAGGAAACUUUGUUGCUGCUUGAGGCCGUAGAGAAAUUUAAUGACAAUUGGAAUGAAAUUGCUGAGCAUGUCAUUACUAAGUCAAAAGCACAAUGCAUUCUUCAUUUUCUUCGUCUUCCAAUGGAGGCUGACUUGCUUGAAAAUAUUGAAGUACCACAAGUGGAAAUUUCACCUGUUUCCUUGGAGGUACAAAAUGGUGGAUUCUCCUGUUCAAAUCCCAGUAAUAACACCGAAACUUCAGAGCUUAAUUCAGAAGAUCAAUUUCCCUUUGCUAGCUCGCAGAACCCUGUCAUGUCCCUGGUUGCAUUUUUGGCCUCUGCAGUUGGACCUAGAGUUGCUGCUACCUGCGCUAGUGCAGCAUUAUCGGUCCUUACUAAAGAAGAUCCCAGGCUGAGUUCACAAAGCGUGCGUGUUGAAGUUGGUUCCUUGGGAGUGUCUCCUAUAAAUGCAGAUGAAAAUAUCAAAGAUAAAGCCACAAAUAUUAAAAGUGAUGCAACUUCUCUCUCUUCGGAGCAUAUAAAGAAAGCCGCAAAGUGUGGCCUUUCUGCUGCUGCAAUCAAGGCAAAACUUUUUGCAGACCAAGAGGAACGUGAGGUUCAAAGGCUGGCUGCAAAUAUUAUCAAUCACCAGUUAAAGAGAACGGAGUUGAAGCUGAAGCAGUUUGCAGAGGUGGAAACAUUGUUGUUGAAGGAAUGCGAACCGGCGGAGAGGAUGAGGCAAAGGCUUUCAGCCGAGCGCGCACGGAUGAUGUCCGCAUGCUUUGCACCAGCUGCAUCAGUAGGAGGUGCUCUGUCAGCUUCCACUGGGCAUGUAAACCCAAUAACACCGGCGCUGCCGGCCGCCAGCGGGCAGGUGAGUCUCUCACCUUAUGGAAACAAUAUGCCUCAUCCUCACAUACAAUACAUGCAAAGGCAGCAAAUGUUCUCGCUUGCGCCGCGGCUACCACUCUCUGCUCUCCAUCUAUCCUCAUCACCAUCUUCUCAAAACGUGAUGUUCAAUUCCGGUGUGGCUAACACAUCCAAUCAUCAGCCAUUAAUGAGAUCAUCUUCUGGUAAUAAUUCAAGCUUGGGUUGAAACGGGGCAUCUCUGAAGGGGGUUUCUGUUUAGGAAUGUAACUGGAAUAAUUUUAUUAAUUUGUGUUCUUGUUGUAAACUACAUAUUGUUAUGGGUUCUAAUUACAUUCAUUAACUUGUAAACUUUCAGGAUUUUAUAGUUUGGGCAUUCUAAAUGGGGGCAAGAUUUGACUUAUCAUCAGUUGGUCUUUAAUUAGGGUUACAGUUUCGGGAUCUCUUUGAAUUGUAAGCUUGUUGCACAUUAUGAUUUUUAGGGCUCAUUUGAUCGUUUUACAUGUAAAUAGAAAAUAUACUUUUAGUAAA